UGUGUGUGUUGGUAUUUUCCUGUGCAGCUCGCAGUGCAUUGAUAAGAGGUCUAAAAUCGUAAUGGCAGUAGACGACACAGGCAUCAGUAACAUGACAUUAUAGGAGACCGGCUGAUGACUUUGCUUGCCUUCCAAUCGGGUUCGAGCGUUGCCUGGAUUGCGAGUGUCUGCGCAGUAUUAUAAGCUCAGUAUAUGUUCGUCCUCCUUCAUAACUCAUCCGGACGCGCGUUGAGCAUCACUGCUGUCUGUUAUGUGGAAACAGUCGCUGUUGUACGUGGCGGGACUCGUACUCGUCUACAGUCUCGCACAGGCCACUCAGCCUGGGUAUCCUGGCUAUGACCCUUAUAAUCCAUACAACCCAUACACUUAUGACAACUACAAGGAUGCUGCAGGACCUAAGGGGGACCGCGGCGCACCCGGACGAAGCGGAUCGGCUUAUCCACCGCGUGGGCCUCAAGGUCCUGGUGGUUAUCCUGGAUAUCCGGGAGCGAAAGGACCAAAGGGUCCUGAUGGUGAGGAUGGUGAAGACGGACAAAACGGCGAGAGAGGCGAGAACGGAUGGCCUGGACAUCCGGGAAAGAACGGAGCAACUGGACCAAACGGCCCCAAAGGGUACGCAGGCCACAAUGGCAACAAUGGAAAAGACGGACAACAGGGACAAACGGGUUACCCCGGUGAUGACGGUUCAUGGGGUAAUGUUGGUGCUCGAGGUGUUAAUGGACAUCCGGGUAAAGAUGGCGUUGAUGGCAAAGAUGGCAGCAAGGGACCCGUUGGACCCCAGGGAUUGAAAGGAUAUCCGGGAAACCCCGGUCAUGAUGGAAUAGACGGUGAGCAGGGACAUGUUGGAGAGACGGGCGACAAUGGUCGCGAUGGUCAUCCGGGGAAGAAUGGUAGCCCGGGACAGAAGGGACAGAUGGGACAUCAGGGUCCACGAGGACAUCCUGGUCCUCAAGGAGAUCCGGGACAUCAGGGACCGAAGGGCUAUCGAGGACAUAACGGUCAGACAGGCGCAACUGGAGAUAAGGGAGAGCAGGGACAGGUUGGAGACAAGGGAGAGCAGGGACCACAGGGUGAUACCGGAGUGGACGGUGAUACUGGUGACAAAGGAGCCACCGGGGCUAUCGGACAGAAGGGAAAGGCGGGUUAUACCGGUGACAAAGGACCGAGGGGUGCCAAUGGACAUGAUGGCCGACCGGGCAACAAUGGAAAGAACGGAGCAAAGGGUCAACGAGGAGAUGAUGGUCAGAAUGGUGAUGAUGGAGAACAGGGUGAUGCUGGUGACAUGGGACCAGUGGGACCAGUGGGUCCUCAAGGUCCAAAGGGCAAGAAGGGACCAAAAGGACCAGUGGGUCCCCCAGGCAAAAAGGGUCCGAAUGGUAACCAUGGUGCUCGAGGAAGUGAUGGCAGUCCCGGAGAUAUGGGACCUAAGGGUAACAAAGGAUAUCAAGGACGUCGUGGAGCAAAUGGUAGUCGUGGGAAGAACGUGAAAGGCCCUCAGGGUUACGCAGGUUCUCCUGGUCCAGCAGGCAAAGCUGAUACACCUGAUCUCACAGCACUGUGGAAGAAGAUUGAUGUUGUCAAAGGCAUGUUGAAGGUCUUGGAGUCGAAGUGGCAUGCUGGCAUCAAGCCUGUCUAUUGAUAUUGACCGAGAGUUGUGAGAUACUGAUGAUAUUGAUACAUGUAGAUGCACUUCUUGUGUACAUUUUGGUAGAUGAGGUGACACUGUUUGCGGGUUAUUGACAUCAAUAGAUGAAAUACAGUGUACCUGACGUUUAUCUGUUAUAUUAGAGACUAGAUGAAGA